UUCAGAUCAUUUUAAUAAUUAUUUGACAUGAGUAAUUGCACAAUGUCAUCACAUAGGCAUUAGACGAGAUUGAGGCAAUGAGCCAGGUGAAGCAGUUCAGCAGGCACAAGCUGUCCUCCUUCUGUAAGCUGAGACUUCUACAACAGGUGUACAGCAGUAAGUGUCAGCCAGUGAGACCUUUCCAUAAUGCAUCAGAUACAGAUGAAAGACAACCAAAUCAACAGGGGAGACAACUGGAUCAACAGGGGAGACAACUGGAUUGGCAGGAGCAACAACUGAAGGAGAAUCGUUCAAGAAUGCCACACAUCCCAGUCAUGUUGAAGGAAGUUAUAGAUGUACUUAAACCCACUGAUGGACAGGUUAUUGUGGACAUGACCUUUGGAGGUGGAGGUCAUACAAGGGAGAUAAUCUCUCAAGCACCAAAUGCCAGAGUGUUUACCUUGGACAGGGAUCCAGUGGCAUUUGAAAUGGCGACUCAGCUAUCCCAGGAAUGCAAGGAAGGGCAGAUAACUCCAUUACUAGGUCGCUUCUCUGACCUGCACAAGCUGCUGACACAGCACAAUGUUGGAGAUGCCUCUGUGGACAGCUUCCUGUUUGAUGUGGGGGCGUCGUCCAUGCAGUUUGACCAGGCUGUCCGGGGCUUCUCUCUCAGCCAAGAUGGACCUCUGGACAUGAGGAUGGAUGGUGGCAGGCUCCCUGACCAGCCGACGGCAGCCGAUGUUGUCAACCACAUCGACGAGCGUGACCUGUAUGUGAUCAUCAAGAAGUAUGGAGAAGAGAAACUUGCCCGCAAGAUUGCCAGUGCUAUAGUUGACACACGCUACGCCUUUGGGAACAUCACACGCACACGACAACUAGCAGACAUAAUAUCCAGCGUGUUUCAAGGUCAUCACAGACGAGACAAGAUGAUGAGACAUUCUCAUAUCGCAACAAAAACGUUUCAAGCUCUGCGCAUAUUUGUCAACGAUGAACUGAAUGAGUUAAAUAACGGCCUCGAACUUGCCCACAGAUUCCUCAAACCAGGUGGAGUGUGUGUUUCCCUGUCAUUUCACUCACUUGAGGAUCGUAUCGUAAAGCGACAUUUUCAUGGCAUCGACAUGGACAUGCCUCUAAAAGUGAAGUAUCGGGAACGAAACCCGUCAGUCCUUCAUGAGAGGAAUGAAGUUGUAGACAUUUUGAAAAAACGAUGGUUGCCUUUAUCAAAAAAGGUUUGUGUGCCAACUUACACGGACUGUAUCGACAAUCCCAGGGCAAGAUCGGCUAAACUUAGAGCUGCUACCAAGAUACAGUGUGAUGAGUGAGUGAGUGAGCGAGCAUGAUUUUAUGCCACUUUAAGCAAUAUUCCACCGAUAUCAGGGCAGAGGCACCAGCGAAUGCGUUAACUAUUAGGCUACCCCACUAGUGUUGGGAAUUGGUUCAAAUCUCAUAAUUGAUGAUUGCUUCAUUACUACCGAUCAAUCAUCAAAAAUAAUUGGUUAGCAUCAUUUUUGAAAUUUGUUAAUGCACAUAAACAUAAGGAAAAAACGUAGUUCUUUUAGGUUCUUUGGGGCAAAAUUUCACAUCUUUAAAGGAUGACUGGUAUGUUGGGAACAUAAAUUUCUUGGAAUCUUUAAGAUAAAUUCAAUCAUGACUUGAAAC